AUGGAGCAUAUUGAAGGGAUUCUGCAUCGGUUGGACGAUCGCCUCUUCUUAUUGGAAGAUGGAAGGCCAGCAGCUAGAUUGGGGAAAGAGGAUAGUAGGGAAACCGAUUCAUUACUGUCAUCCCCCGAACACCUCGUGCGACAAGAACAACCCAUUGAGCUUUCUGGCUCGGAAAAUCCUCAGGUUGACCAUAUGUCAGAGUCGGCCAGCCCAGAAGCUCACCGUACAUCCAUUCAGGCGAAUAUUGAGUCGCCUAGACAGGAGCCGGUGUCACCCCAUGCAGUCACAUAUAUUUUGAAUGACCAAGAAUCGGUAUCUUCAUACGGAGUUUCCUCCGCGUUCCGCUACCGCGACAUGAGAGGGAUGGCCGGGCGACAAGUUGCCUCUCCAGCAAGCUGUGCAAGCGCCGAGAAUUGGCACGAGACAACCAGAGAGCAUCGGAAAAUGCAACUGGUGGUAGUCGCCGCCUUGCAGCGACAGAUCGAGGCACACAGUUUCCUCUCUCCAACUCAUCCGUUCGAGGGUCUUGACUGGGAUACAAUACAUCACCUUCUGGAUAUUCACUGGAACCGCCAUCACCUGAUGUUCCUUCUCACCUACCGACCAUUGGUCAUGCAGAAUUUCCAUUCAGACGGCCCCUACGCCAAUAAGCUCCUUUGGUACGCUAUAUUCUAUGCCUCUGCCCUUCACAGCCAGCGACGCGAUGUAAGUGGGUGCGGCUCCGCGAGCCAAGGGCUGAAACAGGUGUUCUAUGAUCAGUUCAAGAUGCUAUUGCCUGAACAAAUGGAAAAGUCGAGUAUACCUUCAGUGACAGCCUUGCUAUUGAUGGGUUCGAGCCUUGUUUCUAGCGGGCAGCACACAGCAGGAUGGAUGUACUGCGGCCUUGCUUAUCGAAUGAUCACUGACCUCGGACUACAUCUCGAUGAGGCUAAAUCGCGCCCUUCACAACCCCCGCCACAGCCAUCACUGAACCAAAUGUCUAACAGUGAGAAGGAGAUGUGCCGGCGCAUAUUUUGGAGUGCAUAUAUCAUCGACAAAUUUCAAUCUCUGUACUUUGGUCGUCUUCCAGACCUAAAUCGCACUGGGUAUGAGCCCAGUCAGAUCUUUCUCGAUACGUACGAAGAAAUGGAUUUAUGGUCGCCUUAUGUCGACCCUCAAAGCCCCGCAAAAGAACAACCGUCGUACAACCCACUGCCAACCUAUGUGGUCGCGACUUUCAAUGCGUUACUUCGGCUUGCUGAAAUUGCCGCGGAUAUCAUUCAAAUUUUUUAUCACCCAUCCGCCCCCUCCAUCUCAUCUUUGGAUGCAAAGAAGAGUCUCAGGGAUAUACAAAGGCGUUUGCAACUAUGGCAGAAUGUGCUUCCCAAGCAAUUAAGAUUCAACCCCGAGGUUGAUCUCACAUUGCCGCCGCAUCAGAUUACUUGCCACACCACCUUCCACCUUCUUAACGUUCUCCUUCGUCGACCUUUCUUGUCUGAAGGGCAUCUGAGCCAUAUCCAAAUGGAGGAUGAUUCUUUACGUGCCAUUUGUGUAUCUUCAGCAGCUCACAUCUAUCAUAUAUCCCAGAGAUAUGAGCAAAGCUUUGGAUUCCAACAUGCGCCUUACUUGUUCUCAUAUGCUCUCUUCUCUGCCGCUACAGUUGUUCCCAAUCAAUCUGACCAAGCUGGAUUCCCACAUUUCGUCCUCAGAGCAUUGACUGCAAUUCAGAAAGGUGCUAACAGAGGACUCAUGAAACCGAUCUUGAUCAUUCGGGAUCUCUUUGCCCGAACGGGAGUGUCCAUGGACGACAUAAAUGAUUCGAACCUGCCGCAACCUUCCAGGCCCAUGCAACCGCUUGAUGCUAUUAACCCAGCACAGGACUGCCUUCCAUCUCUAGAUAACGCCGCCUCAGACGCAAACUUGGAUGACCGUUUAAAAUCCACCCUUUGCGAAACUUGGGAUACGUGGGAUUGGGACUCACAAUUGCCGCCUUUGGAUGGGUCAGACCUGCUGUUUGGACUUUUUCAAUGA